AUGGGAAACAAUUUUGGGGUUAUAGGUGCAUGGCAUAAGCCUUCAUUGUCGGAUAUCAGAGCAUUGGAAGAUGAGUUAUGCCCCGGUGAUAGGUUGGAGAUCGACAAUGGCAUAUACGCGCACUGGGGUAUAUAUGUCGGUCGAUACCAACAUAUGGAGCAUGCAGUCAUCCACUUCGGCAUGUUCGACAAGCGGGCGGCAUUCUCCAAAAAGAAGAUAUCAGGCAGUGCGUUUGCUGCCGGUCAAAAGCCCGAGAUACGAGCUAACACGAUUGGGAAGAUUCUCGGCGGUUCCGACAAGGUGAGGAUCAACAACUCCAGAGACGAGCAAGUUAAGCCUCUGGAUCCCGACGUCAUCAUCAAAGUGGCCAAGGAAUUGCACCAAAACAAAACGCCAAUUAAUUACGAUCUUUUCAAUUAUAACUGCGAGCAUUUCGUCAAUCUUUGUCGAUACGACAAACCUCACAGUGAUCAGAGUACUGACGCUUUGCUGACGAUCGGUGUCCUUGGUUUGAUCGGAGCAGGUGCAGGGAGGAGGGGGAUAUGGGGGUCAGACCCCUUCAACCAACCCUUAACUCCUAGAGAUCCCACCAUGGGUAUUAGCUGA